AUGUUAUUUACCGUACUCGGAGUUAUUGCUCUCUUCCUGAGAGAAAGAAACAUCAAUUCCACCGUCUCAGGUCAAGAUGAAAGAUUCGACCGUCAAGGAGAAUUGGUCACGGUACCCCCCGUGACCAACAGUGAUGGUCGAGAAAUCGGUGACUGGUGUGAAGAUUCAUCUUUGCAUCUGGAGGAACAGAUCAAUGUUCAGACUGAGGAACCAUCACUGGAGGAACCUGUUGAUGGUCAGAGUGAAGAACAAUCACUGGUAGAGCCUGUCAGUGUUCACGGUGAAGAACAAUCACUGGUAGAGCCUGACAGUGUUCACGGUGAAGAACCAUCACUGGUAGAGCCUGACAGUGUUCACGGUGAAGAACAAUCACUGGUAGAGCCUGACAGUGUUCACGGUGAAGAACAAUCACUGGUAGAGCCUGACAGCUCUGCUAAGCCCGGGUGUAGUCAUGAUGACCCUCCAAAUGUGGUCUCUGCUAAGCCCGGCUGUAUAGACGAUGUUGCUCAAGGUGCAACCUGUCAGACAGAGGGCGCUGUUCCACCUCAGCCAGAAGAGCAGAAGAAUAAAGACACACACAUCAUUGAGAUCAACUCACAGCGCUAUGAAAUUGGUGCUGAGCUGGGAAAAGGAGGCUAUGGAACCGUUUUCGCAGGGACCCGUUUAGAAGAUGGCCUUCAGGUGGCAGUAAAAAUUGCAGAUAUCAAGGUUAAGCGAUUCAUCCGUGUUGAUGAUUUUGACCAGCCACUUCCAUCGGAGAUCGCUCUGCACUUUCUUGCCACUAAAGGCCCCGAGGUUAAAGAACUUGUUCAGCUUCUGGACUGGAAGGUGGAGGCUGAUCGUUACUUUAUGGUCCUAGAGCGGCCCAUACCUUGUGUGAGCGUGGGUGAAUUUUUAAAAGACCACCAAGGCAGAAUCCCGGAGGACGUGUUACGGAAAAUCAUGUUCCACACAACAAUUGCAGCUGACACCUGCAGCACACGUGGAGUGCUUCACCGUGAUAUCAAGCCUGACAACUUGCUGAUGAACCCGCAGACCUUUGAAGUUAAACUGACUGACUUUGGUUGUGGUGAACUCCUUACUGAGGACUAUUACACAACCUAUUUGGGCACAAUGCAGUUCAGCCCUCCUGAGUUUAAAAAGACUCGCUAUUACUACGGGGAGCCAGCGACAGUGUGGUCACUCGGGAUUCUUCAGUUUUUGUUAAUGUUCAAAAAAUUUCCAGACAAUCGUGACCUACGCAAGUUGAAAAACAAAAAUUUUUACCAACAUGGAAGGUCAGAAGAAUGCUGUGAUUUCAUCAGCAGUUGUCUGCAGACUAACCCCUGGUUUCGGCAUAAGCUAAAUGCACUCCGUGCCCAUGCCUGGUUUAAGAGAAUUAUAAAAAAGAUCUAG